CUAAGUCCCUCUCCACAAGCAAUCAGAAAGAUUAUAAUGUGUCAGAAAGUGCAGUAGAUGCAUGUGAAGGACAAGCCACUGCGAAUUUGAGUUCCAAUGGCGAUUGAGCAAAACCAGCAGCCUAAAUGGGAAGCAAAAGUCACUGCAAAAUUAACAAAUGCCCAACCAAUCCAAAUAUGGCCUCUUUUCACCGACUUCUUCAACCUCCACAAAUGGCUUCCUACCCUCCAAACCUGCUAUGGCAUCUCCGGGACUAACGGCAAGCCCGGCUGCAUACGCUACUGCUCUGGCUCCUCAAUUCCAUCCAAAGGCAGCUCCAGUGACAACUACCAACUCCCCGUUAGCUGGUCCACUGAGAGACUGGAAGCCGUUGAUAAUGAGGAAUGCAGCCUGAGAUAUGCGAUAGUGGACAGCAACAUCGGGUUCAAAUCAUACGUUUCGACGGUUAGGAUUGUUCCGGUUGAAGGUGGUGGAUGUAUAAUUGAGUGGUGGUUUCAGGUGGAUCCUGUGGAAGGAUGGGUGUUGGAGGAUUUGGUGAGCAAGUAUGAAGCGGCUCUACUGCUAAUGGCUAAGAGAAUGGAGGAUCAUCUUCAGGCUUCAAAGCAGCCGCCACAUGUUUCAUUCGCAGGUUUGUCUUCUUCCUUUCCUCCCUUGAAAAUGUAAUUAUGAGUAAAUUAUAAUUUCCUCCUUAUAAUUUAGUAAAGAUUUUUUUUUU